AUGCGGGAAAUUGUGUAUAUCAUGGUCGGCCAGUGCGGAAACCAAAUGGGCGCCAAGGUAGUCCUUUUAAACUGUCUCAACAUAACCUCUCUAGUUCUGGGAAGUCAUCGCUGACGAACACGGCAUUAGCGUAGAUGGCUACUACCGCGGGGACUCUGAUCUACAGAUUGAGCGGAUACACGUCUACUUCACUGAGGCUGCCGGCGGUCGAAUGGUGCCACGCUGUAUUCUCACUGACCUCGAGCCAGGCUCACUGGAUGUGAUCCGAGCCAGCACCUACGGAAGCCUCUUUCGACCGGACAACUUCGCCUUCGGUACAGCCGGAGCCGGAAAUAACUGGGCUAAGGGCCAUUACACGGAUGGUGCCGAGAUGAUCGAGAGUGUGAUGGAGAUAGUUCAGAAGGAGUGUGAAACGUGUGACUGCCUGCAGGGUUUCCAAGUCGUUCACUCCUUGGGUGGCGGCACCGGAGCCGGAAUGGGUACCCUGUUGCUAAGCAAGAUCAGAGAACAGUAUCCGGACCGUAUUAUAUGCACCUUUUCCUGCUAUCCCUCUCCUAAGGUGAGCCAACUUUCACCCUCAAUUUCCCCUUCUCUGCGUACGUUUAA